AUGGCGAGGAUUUCUUGUGACCUGAGAUUUCUUCUGAUACCGGCAGCUUUCAUGUUCAUCUACGUCCAGAUGAGGCUCUUCCAGACGCAAUCACAGUAUGCAGAUCGCCUCGGUUCCGCGAUCGAAUCAGAGAACCAUUGCACGAGUCAAAUGCGAGCGCUGAUAGAUGAAGUCAGCCUAAAACAGUCACGGAUUCUGGCUCUCCAAGAUAUCAAGAGUCGCCAGGACCAAGAGCUCGUGCAGCUAAAGGAUCUCAUCCAGACGUUUGAACGAAAAGGAAUAGCAAAGCUCACUCAAGGUGGACAGAUGCCUCUGGCUGCUGUGGUCAUUAUGGCGUGCAGUCGUGCAGACUACCUUGAAAGGACAGUCAAAUCAGUGUUAAAAUAUCAAAGUCUCCUUGCUUCAAAAUAUCCUCUUUUUAUAUCUCAGGAUGGAUCUAAUCAAGCCGUCAAGAGCAAGGCUUUGAGCUAUAAUCAACUAACGUAUAUGCAGCACUUGGAUUUUGAACCUGUGGUCACUGAAAGGCCUGGCGAACUGAUUGCCUACUACAGAAUUGCACGGCACUACAAGUGGGCACUGGACCAGUUGUUUUACAAACAUAAAUUUGGCCGAGUGAUUAUACUAGAAGAUGAUAUGGAAAUUGCUCCAGACUUCUUUGAUUACUUUGAGGCUGCAGCUAGUCUCAUGGAUAGGGAUAAAUCCAUUAUGGCUGCUUCGUCAUGGAAUGAUAAUGGGCAGAAGCAGUUUGUGCACGAUCCCUGCCGCCAGUUUGUUCGACCAGAAAUCUGCAGAACAUACAAUUUUGGUGAACAUGUUGGUACCGGAGGGUCUAGUUUGGGACAGUUUUUCAGUCAGUAUCUGGAACCUAUAAAGCUAAAUGAUGUGAAGGUUGACUGGAAAGCAAUGGACCUGGGAUACCUGACAGAGGGAAACUAUACAAAGUACUUUUCUGACUUAGUGAGACAAGCAAGACCAAUUCAAGGUUCUGACCUUGUCUUAAAGGCUCAAAACAUAAGGGGUGAUGUUAGUGUCCGGUAUAAAGACCAAGCGGAGUUUGAACGCAUUGCAGGGGAGUUUGGCAUAUUUGAAGAAUGGAAAGAUGGUGUGCCCCGGACAGCAUAUAAAGGAAUAGUGGUGUUCCGAAUCCAGACUACAAGACGUGUUUUCCUGGUCGGGCCAGAUUCUGUAAUGCAGCUUGGAAUUUGA